AGCAUAGCCAAGCUCUUUCAGUAUUCGUUCGAGCGCGGCCCCGUACGGUUUUGCCGGCUCGUGGCCGAAGAAAUUCUUUCUCUCUCUUUCUUUCUCUUUUUCUCUCCCUUUUCUCUAUCUAUCUCUUUUUCUCUCUCUUCGCCAUGGGAGCAAACUGCCGCGGUGGUAAAAAAGCUGAGGGUAGUCCUUGGUAACCGAGCUAAUCCCGCUUACGCGCGCGCACUCUUACGCACGCACGCAGCACGCACACUAAAUACACACAAACCACACACAUACUCUUACACGCGUGCAUUAUAGCACAUAUAUAUAUAUAUACACACACACUUAUACACAUCUACAAAAGAGACCGGCUAUCGGGACAUUCGUCCGGGGCUUCGCAAAGAGGAACGCGCGCGCGGGUGUGCGCGAUCUUUUGCGAUCGGUCCGUUGGUCGGUCCGUCGGUCGAUCCGUCGGUCGGUCGGUCGGUCGGUCCGUUGGUUCGGUUUUUAGGGAGUGUGAGUAAAAGUGUCGUUUGCUUAUCAACGAGGAGGGGCCACCCCCUCCAACCCCCUUUAGUUGUAACAACCUAAUAUUAUUUCGGAACGUGUAGAAAUGUAAAGCGAGAAGGAGCGUCGAAUAGCGUAUCGAAGAGAUCAUCCUUAUCCGACCGAUAGGAAAGAACAAAAUAAUAGUAGUAAGAAAAGGAAGGAAGAGAAGGAAAUAAGGACAGGAAGAAAGAAGUUAAAAAAAAGAAGGGGAAAGAAGCAAGAUGUCAGGAAAUUAUACGGUGCGCUGCGAACCGGGUUUGGUGAUACCGAUAUGGAGACCCUUGGAAAACUUACAACUGAUAGACGUGAUCUUUCGAGGAUUCAUUUAUUUCAUUUUUCUUCUCUAUCUGUUCAUCGGUGUGUCGAUCAUCAGCGAUCGGUUUAUGGCAGCGAUCGAGGUGAUUACGUCCAAGGAAAAGGAAUUGGUUGUAAAACGACAGGGUAGAGAGCCAACGAUAGUCGUGGUCCGAGUUUGGAAUGAAACGGUGGCGAAUUUAACCCUGAUGGCGCUUGGUAGUAGCGCGCCCGAAAUACUUCUCUCUAUCAUCGAGAUAUGGGCGAAAAACUUUCAAGCGGGGGAAUUGGGUCCUGGUACGAUCGUCGGCUCGGCCGCAUACAAUCUUUUCGUGAUCAUAUCUCUCUGCGUGUUCGUAAUACCAAACGGCGAGACGCGAAAGAUUAAGCAUCUACGGGUCUUCUUCGUGACGGCCACGUGGAGCAUAUUUGCUUACGUGUGGCUCUAUGUGAUACUUGCGGUCUCGAGUCCGGGCGUUCUCGAGGUAUGGGAAGGUAUACUGACCUUUACAUUUUUUCCGGCCACCGUGUUAACCGCCUACGUAGCCGAUCGACGUUUGCUCAUUUACAAGUAUCUCCAAAAGGGUUACCGAAUGAACAAGAGAGGUGUGAUCGUUCAAGCAGAAGCUGGCGACUCCGACGGAGGAGUAGAACUCGAGAUUAAACCUCAACAAGAUAGCUUUCAUACGGUCGAUCGGUUGGCCGACGCUGAUACCCCGGAAGCGCGGGAGUUUGAACAAACACGGCGAGAUUAUAUAAAUACAUUGAGAGAAUUACGAAAGAAGAAUCCAACAUUGCCGUUGGAACAACUCGAAGUUAUGGCUCACGAGGAGGUAUUAGGUAAAGGACCGAAGAGUAGAGCAUUCUACAGGGUCCAAGCUACGAGGAAAAUGGUCGGUGCGGGUAAUCUCAGUAGAAAGAUCAGCGAGAGAGCUCAAAGUGAUCUGAGCGAGGUCAAGGCCGAGUUACAGAAAGCCGAGGCCGAGAGCAUCGAUAUAGAAAACAUUAACGCAAUGAGAAUAUUCUUCGAGCCAGGACAUUAUACAGUUAUGGAGAACGUCGGUACUUUUGAGAUCGGUGUUACCAGAGCUGGUGGAGAUUUAAACAAAGCUUGCACCGUUGAUUAUUCCACCGAAGAUGGUUCUGCUGAGGCUGGUUCUGAUUAUGUCAGUGCCAAAGGAACCUUGACCUUCGAACCCGGCGAGACCAAGAAAACUAUACAACUGUCCGUUAUCGACGAUGAACUUUUUGAAGAGGACGAACAUUUUUACGUCAGAUUGAGCAACGUUUCGCAGCCAGCUAUGUUGGUGUCACCGAGUUUGGCAACGGUUAUGAUAUUGGAUGAUGAUCACAGCGGAAUAUUUGGCUUUCCUGAGAGGGACAUCGAACUCGUUGAAAGCGUAGGACAAUAUCCUUUGAGGGUGGUGAGAUACAGUGGCGCCAGAGGACGCGUCAUCGUUCCUUAUCGUACGAUCGAAGGAACUGCGAAACCGGGAAAGCAGUAUGUUCAUACCGAAGGAUCUCUCACCUUUGAGGAUAAUCAAACCGAAAAAACUGUGAAUUUGGAGAUCGUCGAGGAGGACUCUUACGAGAAGGAUGCACUAUUUUACGUUGAACUUGGUGAACCACAGUUGCAAGGAGAACCCGAAGCAGGAAUCGCUGUUGCUGCGGAAUUGAAACAACCUGAGGAAAGGACGGAUGAAGAAAAAAUGGCACUUUUGGGUAAACCGAGACUUGGUGAAGUGUCCAAAGCGCAAAUUAGAAUCAAAGAAUCGAAGGAGUUCAAAAACACUGUGGAUAAACUCGUUCAAAGGGCUAAUGCAUCGAUAUUGCUCGGUACCAGCUCCUGGAAGGAACAGUUUACGGAAGCAUUGGCUGUCAGUGGUGGUUAUGAAGAAGAUGAUGCAGAAGGUGGAGGUGGUGAUGGUGGUGGUGGUGGUGGUGGAGUGUCAUCUUCACCAACAACAGCCGAUUAUCUCAUGCACUCUAUUACUAUCGUGUGGAAAGUACUUUUUGCUUUCGUUCCACCGACCGAUAUCGCCGGCGGUUAUCUGUGCUUUGCUGUCAGCAUAUUUGGAAUCGGGGUGGUGACGGCAGUGAUCGGUGAUAUCGCAUCCUACUUCGGAUGUACUCUAGGUAUCAAGGAUUCCGUCACCGCGGUAGUCUUCGUUGCUCUUGGCACAAGCAUUCCUGACACGUUCGCGAGUAAGGUUGCUGCCUGCCAGGACAAGUACGCUGAUGCGAGCGUAGGAAAUGUGACCGGAAGUAACGCGGUAAAUGUCUUCCUGGGGAUCGGUAUUGCGUGGAGCAUCGCAGCCAUUUACCAUGCCUGUCAUGGUGAACAAUUCAAUGUGAAACCCGGCAACUUGGCCUUCUCCGUAACGUUGUUCUGUACGGAAGCCUGCUUGGUGAUCGUGGUGUUGCUGUUAAGACGGACGAAAAGCAUCGGCGGCGAGCUCGGUGGGCCUUUUGUACCGAAAAUCAUAACUUCCGCAUUUCUAUUUUCCUUAUGGCUAUUCUACCUCAUCAUGUCCACCCUAGAGGCCUAUGGCAUAAUCCAAGGCUUCUAAAUUCGCCAUCGCAUUUAGCGAUUGCCAAACGUUGGCCUACCAAAGCUACACGUUUAUAUUCGAUCUUGCAAUUCGUUCCUGCCAAUAACCCCCUCACCCUACUCCCGAUCCCCGAUCCCCGACCCCCUCUCCCCCCCCCCUGAAGACGUGCGCUCAAGAAAACAUUCUAUCGGACAGGAGGAAGUGAAAUCUAACGAACGAAUGAACAAACGAACGAACGAACAAACGGAUGAAAGAAAGAAAAAAGAAAUGAAAGAACAAAAACAUCCCUGGCAAAGUGCAUCGAAGAGGAAGGAUAUUCACCCCCUCCUGGUCCCAGGAAUAAAAUGAACAACGAACGUGAUUGCGUGAAAUAUAUAUAUAUAUACAUAUAUAUAACAUACAUAUAUAUAUAUAUAUAUAUAUAUAUAUAUAUAUUAAUACGUGCAUACGUGUGCGUAUGAACAACGGGUGAGUGGGAUAAUACGUGAUUGAGCAUGAAGUAUGAUUGUUGCGAAUAAAUGAGAAAAAAAAAAAAGUAUAAUAAUAAAUUAAGAGAAGAAGAAGAAAAAAAAA